UGGUGACGGGGCCAUUUCUGCUCCCAUCUGAUUCAACAGGUGGCCGCCUCAGAGCACCUGUCAGGCAGUGGGGGGCCUUGGCUCUCAUGGCUCCCUUCUUCCCAGGAAUGAACCAAGGGGAAACAGAAAUCUUGAUUUUGGGGAAAUUGCACAGGGGAAAAGGGGAGGGCACCAGUUACGACACCCCAUUGCGACACGCCAUGGGGCCGAACGUGACAACAGCAAGGGUUUCUCGUUUUGGAAAUGUGAGGGUAUUUCCGCCUCGGAGCGAGACUGGCGGCAGCAGCCUGGCCCGAGGCAGCCUGCCGCCCCCUGGGGAAGAGACGCUGCAGGAUGCAAACCUUCAGGAUCUGGGAUAUUAACCAGAAAACCUUCUACCUGAGGAACAACCAACUAGUUGCUGGAUACUUGCAGGGACCAAAUAUUAAAUUAGAAGAAAAGAUAGACAUGGUGCCCAUUGACCCCCAUGCUAUGUUCUUGGGGAUCCAUGGGGGGAAGUUGUGCCUGUCCUGUGUCAAGUCUGGUGAUGACAUCAAGCUCCAGUUGGAGGCCGUCAACAUCACCGACCUGAGCAAGACCAGAGAGCAGAACACACGCUUCUCCUUCACUCGCCUGGACAACGGCCACACCACCAGCUUUGAGUCGGCAGCCUGCCCAGGCUGGUUCCUCUGCACAGCUGUGGAAGCUGACCAGCCCGUCAGCCUCACCAACAGGCCUGAGGACACCCUUGUGGUCACCAAGUUCUACUUCCAGGAGGACCAGUAGUGCUGGCCAGACCUGCCUUUCCACACUCCCAGGACAUCACUGACUCUGGGCCUGUCUGUCCACUCCUGCCUAGGGGCUCCUGGCCACCGUGGGGUUGGAGGAGGGACCUUUGCAGGGUGGACUAUGGAAGGAGGCACCAGAACCGGGCAACAGGACUCUGCCUCCAGCCUCUUGGCGACCCACACCUCCAUGCUGCCUCCAGAACCAUCUUUCUAAGUGCUGAUGGGAUCCACAGCCCCUGCUCAAAACCCUUCCAGGUUGCCUCUGACCUCUCUCCCUGGGUGAAAUGGCGGAAUCCAGACCACCUGCCCCUCUGGGUGCCCUCUGCUCUCCUCCCGUGGCCCCGUCCACAGCCCCAUCCUCAGGUCACACACUGCCCUCCCCAGGUGGCUUCCUGACUGUUGCCAGCUGAUGCUGGUCCUGGGGAAGUUUGCUGUUGCUGGUUUUGUUUUGGUGUUGGUGGUGAGACCCGGGCCUCACUGUGCUAAGGCGCACUGAGCUGCAGCCCUGGCCUGUGGGAAAGUCUUUCAGGGUCUGCGGAAAGUAGACAUUGAGGAGUUCAUGGCUACAUGUAUUGACCGACUUUACUCCCUGUGAAGGACUUUGGAAGUUGUGUCCCUUCCGAGAGGGACUGGGCAUUAGGAUGUUCCUGCACUGUGAGGUGAUGGGGAACGGGAAGGCAGGUGGCCCAUGGACCUGACUUCCCUUCUUUUUGUAAUGUCCCAAAUUUAAAAAUUAAAUGUUAGUGGACUGUGUUGGA